AUGGACGCGGAGAGCUACUUGGACGAGGCCUGGCAGUUGUGCAGGAAGGAGCUUGACGAUGUGGAGGAAGUGGUUGACUUGCGCGACUGUGAGUCCUCGACACACUUCCGGGAAGGUCGCGGCUAUUCCAACACGACCUGUCAAACGCUCGACAUCCUCGGCCCGGAAUGCAGCGAGAGCUCUGUGAGUAGUCCUCAGAACCUAGACGUCAUAGACGGCCUGGACCUGGAUAGUGUUCUUCGGGCCCUCGUUUCCGCAGAGGACUCGGAAAACUCCGAGGCUGGUGGCCUCUCCGCACUGCUUGCGAACACCGUCUACAUCGACACGUACAGAGAUGAUGCGUGCAGCGACAGCGACAGCACUGUCCCAUCUGAAGAGGACACUGCUCUGCUUCCGCCAACGGUGGCGCCCAGGGUUCAGAUAGAUUCUCUCCGGCAGCCACAGCAGCUGCAGCCUAGCCUUUCCAGCGUGGAUUGGCCAGAGCUCGUUCAGAGCCAUCGCAGUUCUGCAUGCAGUGGGUACAGUGCUGGGGCGUCGGUUGAAUCGCCGGCUAGCGCCUCACGGGAUCGGUCGCAACCCUACAGGCCUGGACACACUUCCCUGCAGGCUGGAAGUCUGGAGGCUUCAAUCCAGGAGCUGUUUGAUGCACAGUCGGUGGAAAGCGCAAGUGCGCCAAAUAGUGCCCAAUCUGAGACUGUCAGCAUGGCUCGAGGGUUCGAUGCAGCAGAGGAGACACUGUCUGUCGUGGACAUUGCCGAUGAGCUGCCGGUGUCUCCCCGGAGUGCCACGUCCUCGGGGAAUGGUCAAUUGCAGCCUCGGUGGACUGUAGCUGCCGGCAUGCGGCAUGAACCUUAUGGUCGGUGUUGGACAACGGUCAAGAGUAGCACAUUCUCUGAUGUCACAAGGCAGUUGAGUCUUUGUGGUGGGCCGUUUGGCCGAGCGAACUACAGAUUUCGCGUGCAGGACUUGUACGUUUAUGAUUCAUACGUGUGCUUUAAUCAUGUAUGGUUGUUUGCGACGGGCCCUCUCGUGGUAAUUGUGUGUAGAGCAUCUGAUGCUUGA